UGACGGAUGUGAUUUAGGUUUAUACAACUUUUAAAAUCUCGAUGUUAUUUUGGAGAGUUAUAACGCUGAGUCACAGACAGACGGGCAGCUGUUGCAGUGUUUCAGUAUCAUGGAGGCGUGCAGUGGGACUGCAGCAGGGACGCGCAGCAGAGCUCCAGCAUCUCUGAGAGACGCAUGCAAUCAUGAUCCCUGUGAAGGGCCCCACCCAGAGGAUGAUGAGGGGGAGGAAGACAGGAUCCGGCAGCCAGCUGAGACUGCAGGCUGGGAAGACGCCAUUGCUGUUAUGGCACGAGGAGCAUCGAUGGUGCCUGCAGACCUGCCCGCAGAAUCUUCCCUGCGCUCAUGUGGCAGCACUGCCAGCAUGAAGGUCAAGAACAUCAAAAAACUGUCCCUCACCAAAGGCCAUUUCCCCCGGCUGGCAGAAUGUGCUCACUUUCACUAUGAGAACGUUGACUUUGGCUCUGUGCAGCUGUCUUUAGCUGAAGAUCAGAACGACCACACACACACUGGUCUUGACUCAAAGGAUCUGGUGUAUUUGGUCCAAAUCUGUUGCCAGGGUCGUAAGUGGAUUGUGAAGCGCUCGUAUGAAGAGUUUCGUGUCCUUGACAAGCAUCUCCACCUUUGUAUCUAUGACAGAAGGUUCUCACAGCUUCCUGAACUGCCCCGUUUAGACAGCCUGAAGGACAGGACACUUUUCCAGAUGCUCACUGCUUACAUUUCCCGCCUCUCAGCCAUUGCUGAUAAUAAGAUCAACUGUGGGCCAGCACUCACAUGGAUGGAGAUUGACAACAAAGGGAACCACCUGCUGGUUCACGAUGAGUCAUCCAUUAAUGUCCCUGCUGUAGCUGCAGCCCAUGUCAUAAAGCGCUACAUCGCCCAAGCAGCAGAUGAACUCUCUUUUGAGGUUGGGGAUAUAGUAUCGGUGAUCGACAUGCCUCCUACAGGGGACACAGGCUGGUGGAGAGGAAAACAUGGUUUUCAGGUGGGAUUUUUCCCGUCUGAAUGUGUGGAACUGAUUAGUGAGAAAAUUCCAUCGAACGUGACCAAUUCAUUUGUUAAGCCAGGUACACCUUUUUUAUCAAGACUGUCUUGUUAUUCAUGGCAAAGAGACGGCAACCUUCACAUAUUCAGAGGUACAAUCUUAGCAUUGAUACAAACUCUUUUUUUAUGUUCUCCAGUGUCAAAGAAGCACGGCAAGCUGAUCACAUUUCUGCGCACCUUUAUGAAAUCGCGCCCCACCAAGCAGAAGCUAAAACAGCGAGGUAUUCUGAAGGAGAGGGUGUUCAGCUGUGACCUUGGAGAACAUUUGCUUAACUCGGGCCAUGACGUCCCACAGGUCAUAAGAAGCUGCACUGAGUUUAUUGAGAGAUAUGGAGUGGUGGAUGGAAUUUACCGCCUAUCUGGAAUUUCCUCCAAUAUUCAGAAACUGCGGCACGAGUUUGACUCUGAGCAUGUUCCUGAUCUCACAAAGGACACUUACGUCCAGGACAUUCAUUCAGUGGGAUCCUUGUGUAAACUUUACUUCCGGGAGCUGCCCAACCCACUGCUUACCUACCAGCUCUAUGAGAAAUUCUCUGAUGCUGUAUCAGCUGCCACUGAUGAGGAGAGGCUGAUCAAAGUCCAUGAUGUCAUACAGCAGCUGCCUCCGCCACACUACAGAACUCUUGAGUUUCUCAUGAGACAUUUAUCCAGUAUGGCAACCUACAGUACUGUUACCAACAUGCACUGCAAAAACCUCGCUAUAGUCUGGGCUCCAAAUCUUCUCAGGUCUAAACAGAUUGAGUCAGCGUGUUUUAGUGGAACCUCUGCCUUCAUGGAAGUGCGCGUUCAGUCUGUUGUUGUGGAGUUCAUCCUCAAUCACGUCGAUGUUCUCUUCAGUCCCAAACUCAGCACUUUGAUACGCCAGAGCACAGGCCACGCUACUUUAGCUCGGCCCAAAUCUCUGAUGGUCAGCUCACCGUCUACCAAACUGCUUUCACUGGAGGAAGCCCAAGCCCGGACCCAAGCCCAGCUCAUCUCUCCUGUGUCUCCUGACAGCAAGUACAUUGAUGUCGGAGAAGGGCCAGCCGCCCUUCAGGGCAAGUUUCACGCGGUCAUAGAAUUUCCUUCUGAGAGGAAAAAGGGUUCAACCAAAUCCAAAAAGUCUCCGGUUGGAAACUGGCUUUCAUUCUUUAAUAUGGGAAAGUCCUCAGCUCCUGACAAACCCAAAUUACAAAGACAUCCCAGUGAGCCCAAUGCGAUGAAGACUGCACCACUCCCAGGUGGAAGAGGAGACACUGGAACAUUACGAUCUGCGAAAAGUGAAGAAUCUUUGUCUUCCUCGCAUAACUUUGAGGGUGGAUCAAAUGUGUAUCGUCCGCGCAGGCCUCUCUCCACCAGUGAGGCUUUGUCCAUCUCAUUCAAUGAGGAGCUGCUGGACAGCAGAGCGACUGACGACUCUCGCUUUAGCCUCAAAGACCUCAAGAAAGACACCGCUGCCUCCUCUUCUUGUGUGCCUGCUCUUAUAUCUCCUCCCCACCCUGCAGAAGAUUCUGAGUUUAUAGGCAUAGUUUCUUCAGAUAUAGACCCGCUGGCCUUCAAGUGCAGCACGCAGCCGACUGAUCCCACCGUAUGUGAUGGAAAGAAAAGAGGCAGCCGCAAAAAGGCGGGAGGCAGCCUUGUUGAGUCUGAGCAUGUAGACAAAGUCACUAGUCCCUCACUGCCGCAUGAUCUCAUCACGUCGCGCUUUAAAGAUAAAAAUCGCAGCCACUCAGAAGUGCCAGUCGCCCCAGCUAAGCUGGAGGUGGGAAGCUCUAAGGCAAGCCAAGAAGGAACCACAAAGAGUUCAGUGGCAAAGAGUGUAACUGUGUCGUGUCCAUCCGACAUCAUGUCACUCAUGAAAAAACCCAGUGUGUCCUCAAGAAGCAGUGAAGGCCAUCAGCGAUCUGCUAGCUUUUGUAAGACAGAAAGUAAACAAGCGGAGGUCAAGGAGCACAGAAGGACAGACUCAGGUUCAGUGACAUUCGAAUGUACUCCUGGCUUGGUGAGGUCCGUGUCUCUCAUAACUCCCCAGCCUGCAUUGAAGAGCGCCGCCCGAAUGCUAGCUCUAGAACUCGCCGAGUCUGCCCAGCAAGCCACCCAACUCAGCAAACGUGGGAGCUCAGAACCCCCCACACCUGUUUCUCCAGUUCACCAUCCAAACGCACUGUUCACGCUUCAUUUUCCUCCUAUACGUCCUCUCCAAACAUCCUCUGAUAGAGAGGAACGGUAUGUGUCUAACAGAACUAUCCCGGAUCCUUCCAGCACCAUGUCAACUGAGAGCCACACCGAUGCGGGCAGCCUACGCAGCAACUGUGCCUGUCACGGCAGUGAAAGUGGCCUCAGCUUCACCGACAGUUGCGACGCACCCGCUGGUAGCCACUGCACACAUGCGCCCUCUCCUCGUAGAGAUCCAGAGAUUCAGCAGGUUCCAGAGAGCCGCACUGCUAUGAGAGAGAACAUCCGCCAUGUUGGAGUCGGUACAGACGGGGGUGCUACGAGCCAGGAUGCAGAGAUGGAAGUGUACAGAAGUUUGCAGCCUUCAGAGAGAUUCUCAGUGCAAACUUCUCUGGGCAGCCAGUCAGCCAUCGAUGCGCUCCACAACAAACAGUCUGCUAACGCCACAAACUUCCGAGCCAUUCUGGCAGAAACUGCCAUGCCUGCUUCGGUGCAUGAAGUACUUCCACACGCUCCGAGUAUUCCUCCAUCGAGUUUGGUCUAUCAGUACCAACCGAAAGACAAAAGAUCAGCUCACUCCCAACACUGGUCAAGCCCAGUUGGACAAAGCACACCUUAUUGUCAUCUGGACGAGGGGCGUCCUCAACCCAGAGUCCUCUCAAGAAACUACUGCAAUACCCUUGCGCCACGAUCCCUGCACCAGUCUAUAAAAUACAAAGAUCAAAGGGAAGAAUACACCUACAGACAACGAGGUCCGAGGUAUCCACCACUAGAUGGAGCCUCUGUAUAUCCCACUAUCCGCAGGGUGCGUUCCAUGCACACUCCACCAGAGGACAAGUUUUACCUCCUCCAGAACAAACCUUUCCCAAAACCGCCUCCAUCAGACAUCCGGCCUUACUUCGAAGAUGGGAAAGUUCGGUACAGGUACAGCCCUUACUCAGAAGGUCGAUAUAAUAAAGCGGAUCAACGCAGUCAUCUCUCUUACACUCUUAACAGACUGCCUUCACGUCCGUCAAAGGUCAUAAGCGGCACUGAAAACUACCUUCACAACCUUCCACCGAACAAUGACUCUGACUUUAUAACCAGAGACGUUGGUGUCCAGCCAAGAAUGAAGAAUCCCUCUCUCUACGAGGCUUUAAAUUCCGGUUUAUCUGAUCGACAUUUCAGCCAAUCCAUUAGACGGGAAAACUCCGCCAAAGAGAGGUCGUUGGGUCCAGUCGGUCGCCAUGUUAUAAAAGGCAGUCGGUGCCAGGAGACGAUGCACUCUAGGAGCAGAUCAAACUCUGGAAAAGAGAUGCUGAUUUCCACUGAAGGGGCUGAUGGGAAGUACAGGGUAACCAUGGUGUCUCAUUAUUCCCCAGAACGCCCGCUUUCUGAUCCCAAUAUGCCUGCGCACUAUCACUCUGACCGCUAUGGAGGCGGGCAACAAGCCAGAUCAUCUCUUAUGAUGAAACAGAGUCGAUCCAUGCACAACUAUCCGCAACACAGACUCGAGCCCACAGCACUGCCCCACAACCUGACCCUUCAUAAGGAAUACAGCUGCCCGGAUUUUAAACACACAGGGUCCAGCGACGGCUUCUCUGUCACACACCCGAGCCAGGAAAGUACGGUGUAUAACACUCUCCGACACUACUCUAAAGAGGACUAUCAGUACAUUCGGGCAAUGAGCAGGGAUUCUCAGAGGUCUAAGAGAUCUCAGAGUGUAAAAACACGCCAUCCACAGGGUCAAACCCGAAUUGGUCUGGAGCGGGAUCACAGACAGUCAUUUUCUUCCCAAAGUAGAACGAGAACUCGUAGCAUGUACGUGCCAACUCGUUCGGACUACUCGGAAAGCUACGUGACUGCACACUCGAAGGUUCCUAAGAGCAAUCGAACGGGAUCCGGCGUUUUCCCGAAUUAUGGCUGCAUGCCACUUCAUAAUAAGAGACUGUACUCGACUGCUGUGGGUCACCCGGGUUUUUAUCAGACAUAGAUCAGGCCUGAGAUGCAGAUUUAUGCUGAAUGAAUAGAAAAUAAGUAAAAUAAAUAAUCAGAAAAUAUAACCUCUGCAGGGCAGUGGUUUUCUGUUGUUAAUUAGAUCAAAAUAAUAUUCAAAUAUUCAAAAUAAAAGUCUCCAAAUGCUUUAAUUGUUCACUAAGUUGUUUUAAACAUGGUAUGCACCGCAUAUUCUUAAAAUGAACAGAGCUCUGAUGGCUUAACACUGCAUAAAUAUUUUGGAAAUUUACUUCUAGAUUGUGGUACCAGGUUCAUGUGGCUUUAUUGCUGCUUUAAAUUGUUUAAGUGUGUCGUGUUCGUUUUGUCACUUUGUUACUAGAGGUCAGGGGUUGCAAAAAUCUUUAAUAGAAAAAUGAACGGUGAAAUAUAUAGGAACCACUGCCUUGUUUAUAAAGAGCAUACUUAUAUAUUCUCAUCACUGUGGAAUCCAAACAUGGUGUCAGGGUCAAUGACAUCAGCAUAUCUAACUUCUAGAAAAGCUCAUGAAAGAGAAAUCUGUUGCUAUUUCAUCUCCCACGAUUUCUUCUUCCCGUUUUAUAAUCAUGCACUUUACAGUUUGUCUGUGUUUUUAAUGUAACAGGCACUUUAGACAUAAUCCCGUUUCCGCAUAAUUUUUUAUUUGUGAUAAAGGAGGUGAGAGUGAGCUGUUGUAAACAUGUUUGGUAAGAUCUGUAUUGAUACUGUGGUAUUGAUACCUGUACUUAAAAAAUACUGUUGUAGUUUUUUUAAAGAAGUGUAGCCUACUGUUCUUUUUUAGUUGAUUUUGUUUUGUGUUCACUUUGCUUUGAUCAUUAAAGUUAUUUAUUCAAAACUA